ACUAAAGUGAAUUAGUGUUGUAAAAUUAACUUUCGAAAAUGUCCUUCCUGCGCGGCUCGGAGAACUAUGUGUGGUGCACGACGAGCGUGCUCGGGAAGGGCGCGACGGGCGCGGUGUUCCAGGGCGUCAACAAGAACAACGGCGAGCCGGUGGCGGUGAAGACCUUCAACCAGCUGAGUCACAUGCGGCCGCACGACGUGCAAAUGCGCGAGUUCGAGGUGCUGAAGAAGGUAAAGCACGAAAACAUCGUGAAGCUGCUCGCCAUCGAGGAGGAGCAGGAGGGCCGCGGCAAGGUCAUCGUCAUGGAGCUUUGCACCGGCGGCAGUCUCUUCAACAUCCUCGACGAUCCGGAGAACACGUACGGCCUCCAGGAGGAGUUUCUACUGGUUUUGGAACACCACGCUGGUAUGAAGCACUUGCGUGAUAAUAAUUUGGUGCACAGAGAUUUAAAGCCUGGUAACAUUAUGAAAUAUAUAAAUGAAGAUGGCACCACUACAUACAAGCUGACAGACUUUGGCGCUGCGAGGGAAUUACAGGAGGAGGAGCAGUUUGUAUCGCUGUAUGGCACUGAGGAGUACCUACACCCUGAUAUGUAUGAGAGGGCAGUGUUAAGAAAACCGGUGGGCAAGAGUUUUGGGGCCACUGUUGACCUUUGGUCGAUUGGAGUGACAUUGUAUCAUGUUGCAACUGGACAGUUGCCCUUCAGACCAUAUGGAGGUAGGAGGAACAAGGAGACCAUGUUCUACAUCACCACAAAGAAAGCCUCAGGUGUCAUAUCUGGCACACAAACAACAGAGAAUGGUCCUAUAGACUGGGCUAGAGACCUGCCCUCCCACUGCCAGCUGAGUGUGGGGCUCCGUAAGUUGGUCACACCCCUCCUGGGGUUGCUGGAGGUGGACCCACACAGGAUAUGGAGCUUCGACAGGUUCUUCUCUGAGGUGCAGGUUGUGACUUCCACUAAACCAAUGCACAUAUUCCAUGUGAACAAAGCAACCAGUAUAAAGGUGAGUCAUUUUGUAAUAGGGUAUUUGACUAUGUUUGAUUUUGUUAUAUGUAACAGCAAUUAGUACAAAAAAGAAAACAGCAUUA